UAAAAAGAAGCACAAAGUGUCUGAAAAGUAAGCAAAAGUAGCUAUUGUUGAAAAUGUUGUUAGUUACUAUUUUGCUCCUUUCUGUUUUUAUGCUGAAUGAAGCUGAAGGUUUGAAUCUUGAGAUCCAGAUCCCUUCAGACGAUGCUGUAUUUUGUGCUAAACUGCAGUGUUCGGAGAAAAUCACAGAAAACACAGAUGUGUCAUCUUUUGUCAACAUCUCGGUUUACAAAGUCGAUGAUCGAGAGGGAACAGUUCUGCUUGCAUCCGUUCCGGAUAUGAGUCACACGUUAUCGAACGUGAAGGUGUCUCGAAUUUUAACUUCAACGGAUGGAGAGCUGAUUUUAUUCUUCAAUGAAGAGCAGGAAUGUCAGACGAAAGUGUUUGUCUGUGAGAUGUACUACACUAACAAUGAAGGCGAGGUAGAAAUGAAACAAAAAGUUGAAAAUAAUCCUAGAAAGAUCACUAGCAAAGAAUCAACAGCUGCUGUGCUGAGAAGAGAAACCGACCCAUUUUCCGAACUAAAUUUGGUAUUAAGAGUUGGAAGUAAGCCUCCUACGUCUGAAGUAAAACUUCAACUUGGUUUAACCAGAUCUAACCUAAAUUAUUCAGCUGAUAUGAAAAUACAAUUUCAAGGUUCAGAUAAUCUUGCCGUGCCAGACGAAGUAAAUAAACCCUUGAUCAAUCUUCAAAACUCGUUCAACGAAAUUAUGAAAAAAUACCAGGUUCUUGAAGACAAAUUGAAUAAAUAUAUAGGUGAUUUAAGUGAAAAGAAAACUAUAAAGAUGGCGUUGGUUGAUGCUUAUUUCGACGUUUUAGACAGUGAAGCAAUAAUAAAGAUUCAGUGCUCAAAGGACGAUGACCCAAGUUUACCUGAACGUUUGGAGUUUACCUUAACAAAACACAAGCAGGCUUUGUGCGACACGAAGACAGAAGGAGGGGGAUGGAUUUUAAUUCAGAGACGUAUAAGAGGUACAGAAAAUUUUCAACGUACAUGGAAUGAAUACAAAAAUGGAUUUGGUGAAUUGUCUGAAGAUUUUUGGUUAGGAAAUGAUUGGCUUUCAAAGUUAACACUGAUGGGCUAUAAUGUUUUAAGGUUCGACAUGACAUAUCAAGGAAUCAGCUACUUUGCUGAAUACAGGAAUCUCAAAGUUGAAAAUGAAGAAAAUUUUUACCGGAUAAGUUUCUCCACAUACAGGGGCAAUGCGAGCGAUCAAUUCCAUCACCAUAACGAUAUGAAGUUUACAACAAAAGAUAAAGAUAACGAUGAAGAAAGUAAACACAAUUGUUCAGAUGAGCGUAAAGGUGGUUGGUGGUAUAAAGCCUGUCAAUGGGUCAACGUGAAUGCACUGUGGAGAAGUGAAGGUGAAUUUACAGGCGUCUAUUGGGAGACAGUUACCCCAAACGAAGGUUCUUUAGAUACUAUCGAGAUCAAAAUUCGUGCAGAAUGA